AUGUCUCCACCAUGGCCCUUGGCUGUCUGGCUUACAUCCAAAAGCUCGCUCCUUGCGUUCAUGCUAGGCGUCAUCACAAUUGCUUUGGUAACCAGACUACGCUGGAACCAACUGAGCCUCCCUCCCAGUCCAUCGGGUCUUCCUGUACUGGGGCACUUGCAUCUUAUGCCACCAAAGCGACCCUGGAUAUGGUUUGGCCAACUCGCACGGAGCUUGCACUCCCCACUCGUCUAUCUCAACCUGGGUGGCCAGGACACUGUAAUAAUCAACGACUACCACACAGCCGUAGACCUACUCGACAAGAAGUCCUCCGUCUACUCCUCUCGGCCUCGUUUGGUAUUGUCCGGCGACUAUGUUGGUUCGGGUAAAAGGCUGGUCCUUCUACCAUACGGCCCAUUGUGGCGCACUCAUCGGGCAGCUUUCCACCAAGAGAUGAAUCCUCCGAAGAUUGAAUCAUAUGGACUCAUUCAGACCUUCGAAGCAAGAUUGCUCAUGCGUCAACUAUAUCACUCGCCCGACAGUUUUAUAAAACUAUUCCAACAGUUUGCCGGAGGCGUUAUUCUGAAGAUUGCGUACGGUUUGGAGUCAGACCAUGCGGAGACCCACAAAGCGGUGGAUGACGUGACAGAACUCAUGCGAUACCUUACAGAGUUAUCAAAUCCUGGAAACCUCGUCGAUAUAUUUCCUGUACUCGAUCUUCUACCCGACUUCUUGGCCCCAUGGCGCCCCGCUGUCAUCCGUGCACGCACUAUCAAUCAAGAUCUGUACAAAGGGCUGGUGAGAGAUGUCAUAAAUAAAGUAGAAGCAGGACAAAUCAGGGCCGAACAAACAUUUGCCUCUCGACUCUGGUUUAACCGAGAGAAAGCUGGUAUGGAUGAGCUUGAUGUCGCAUAUCUUUCAGGAUCAAUGUUCGAAGCUGGGACGGACACUACGGGCUCCUCUUUGGCAACUUUUGUUUUGGCUUCCAUCACGCACCCCGAUGUAUAUCUGAAAGCACAGGAGGAGGUCGACAGAGUCUGUGGUGAUCAGCCCCCCUCGAUGAGCCACUUCGAGUCUUUAGAGUACAUAAGAGCGAUGGUCAAAGAGACUUUGCGAUGGAGACCCGUAACUCCUGGAGGGUUUCCUCACCUGUCAUCUGCCACCAAGGAUGAUACGUUUCGUGGACACAGGAUUCCCGCUGGCGCUGUUGUUCUUCCCAAUCACUGGGAAAUGUGCUUCAGUUCCGAGACUUACGGUCAAAUUUACAAUCCUCAGCGCUUUGAACCUCGCCGAUGGAUAGAACGCCUUGGAGGGGUCGGAGACCUUACUGAGGGUCAUCCAGCUUUCGGCUUUGGGAGAAGGAUCUGCCCAGGACGACAUCUUGCCGCGAACUCACUCUACAUCGUUCUUGCCCACCUAUGUUACUACUUUGAUAUCAGAGUAAAGGACGGAGUUGAAGUUGACACUCAAGCAUACACUACAGGUAUCAAUAUCAAGCCGGAGCCAUUCGAGUGCGACAUCUCACCUCGAGAAAACCGUGUCGCGGACUUGAAUAGGCAAGCCGAGGCUGCGAGAGAAGGGCUUCGCAGCCUUUGA